GGCGCGGCAGGGCGCAUGCGCGCCGCCGGGAAGGCCCCGCCCGGGACCCGCCGCCCCUGCACCGCGCGGGGAGGGACGCGCAGGAGCCGAGGCACUGGCCGCGGGGACGCUGCCGAACCUCAGCUUUAGAAUUGCAACCUUGCCAAUGGACCUGAUUGGUUUUGGUUAUGCGGCCCUUGUGACAUUUGGAAGCAUUUUGGGAUAUAAGCGGAGAGGUGGUCUUCCAUCUUUGAUCGCUGGUCUUUUUGUUGGAUUUUUGGCUGGCUAUGGAGCUUACCGUGUCUCCAAUGACAAGCGAGAUGUCAAACUGUCACUGUUUACAGCUUUCUUCCUGGCCACCAUAAUGGGUGUAAGGUAUAAGAGAUCUAAGAAAAUCAUGCCAGCUGGGCUAGUUGCAGGUUUAAGCCUCAUGAUGAUUCUGAGACUUGUCUUACUGCUGCUUUGAAAAUCCGAAGGAACUGAAGACUAAAUUCAUAUGAUUCUACUGUAAUGGGCAGAGCAUACACUUUGUAUUUAAAAGAUAAUCUUCAACUUGGAAUGUGAAGUGUCUUAUUUUACAUUAGAAACAACAGAAACACUCCAAAAUGAACGCUAGUUUGAGGGAUUUUUUUUUUUAAACCAAAAACUCGACCGUUUUCUACUUGUCAGAUAAUGGUUUCAUUAAAGAUAUUUAAUAAAUCAUUAUACACUCUUUCA